AUGAGUGCAACCGUCGCUGCACCACGAGGUAGCGCUGUUGCCGACGCCCGCCGACUCGCAAAGAGCGAUGCGCCGUCCAUGCCCAGCGCUUCCACAAUGUCAGAAGGCGCAUCGCUAACCAGCGCUGCUUUUAUUCCCGACGAGCGCCCAACAACGCCAACGAGUCCGGUUCAAAUUCCGGUAAAAGCAACUAGGCACGAGACCGCGCAUCCGCAUGCUCACGCGCACGCGCACGCGACCAAACAUCGCCACCACCUACCACACGACGAAGAUGCCUGGCGCGGUUUCCGCCGAGGUCAGGUCCAGGCAUGGGGCACCACCGGAUCCCGGCGCCGCUUGCGCGACGUCCACAGUCCGGAUAGUAUCUCGCCAUCCGUAGCGGCUCUUUUAGCCGUCACCAAUAUUCCUCGGUCACGAUCCUCGCGCAGCCUGCGGCAACCACGGACUUUGAACGGAGACCGGUUGAGCGAGAAGCGUAUGACUGUCAACUCUUUUAUCAACCAAGUUCAAGGGGCCGAGCAAGAGUUCAGCCUUUCCCUCAGUAAAAGCCCGCUCGAUGUCCUCUUGACGGCUCCCGAGGAUCUUGAAGACGAUGACGACGAGGUCUCCAUCAGCGAGAGUACUCUGGACGCAAACCUUUCCACGCGCACCGUGUCGCUCGAGUCUAUGCCCUCGUUAGCCGACUCCUUUGCAACUGGUACCAUUUCCUCCUACGACUCGCCUCAGACCCCAAACCGCGCCCACGGCAGUGUUCACAAAGCCCGCCCAACGCGCCGGUCGCUCACACCCGUGUCGUCACCCCCAGGCCAACACGAUACCGACCCGCUUUCGGCGUCUAGUCUUGACGGCGGAAGCGAUAGUGAAGUGGAUGUCGACAACCUCGAUUUUCGCGUCUUCCAGUCGCCUCCAGAUCCCCUUGCCAAGACGACUGAGGCUCGCUUCCCUCUGCAACCGCUUCGCUCAGCCUUCAAGUCCAACCUCACGGCCUCCCUCCGUGCCUUGCGAAACGCGGCACGCUCCUUCUCCAACCUCAACCUCACCUCCAUUCCACCUGAAGACUUUCUUACACGCUCUAUUCUCACCAUCGACCCCCACAUUCCAUACACGGACGAGCGCCGCCCCCCGCCACUUGAGGAAGAACCGAGUGCCGCACUCCGUCGCUACUUGAACCCCACCCAAGGGCCGCACGUUGACCCGCGACUCUCGGCCGCCCAGAUGCUGUCGCCGGCGCUGGCGUCCGCGUCUCUUUCACCCGCCACUCUCACGUCGACAUCGUCCGGGCCUUCGUCUUCGACGUCUGGCAGCGCUACUUCGCCAGGAUCCUCCCCACCCCGCUCACCUUUCACUGCGUCUAUUCAAAUGCAAACGUACCGUGUGCACCGCACAAAGGGCCCGAAAUCAUCACCUUCUGGCCACAACAGCGCCACCACCCCCUCGGGUCUCCCAUUGCACCCGUCCGGACGGCCGGCCUCAUCAACCUCCUUGCAGGAAUCCGACCGUCCUCCCCCAGGACCUCGGCAACGGGAACUUCGCGAGAACUCGGACUUUAUUCGCAUCGCUGUCAUGGAAAUGGCCAUGCGCCGCAUGGGCAAACUGGAUGACCGCAAACCAGGCCGCGCGCGUUUGGCUCUGCCACCUCGCAAGAUGGGCGGCAAACCCUACGUUGUCGGCACAGACGGCGUCCCUGCACGAUGGGUCGCCGCGUCUCGCGAUAGCGACUGA